AUGUCCGCCAAAGUGACCGCCACCGGCCCUCUGGGCGAGGGCGAGGCCCGCUGGAUCAAGCUCGUCAAGAUUAACUACGACGACCAGAAUGGUAGCGCCCGCACCUGGGAAUCCGCCGAACGCCGCACCCGGCCCAAGAACGGCGAGAUCGACGGUGUUGGCAUCGUCGCCAUCCUCGAGAAGCCCACCGGCCCCGAGAUCAUCCUACAGAAGCAGUACCGCCCGCCCAUUGACAAGAUCACCAUCGAGGUCCCCGCGGGACUCGUCGACGAGGGCGAGACGGCCGAGCAGGCCGCCGUGCGCGAGCUCAAGGAGGAGACUGGUUAUGUUGGCAAGGUGUCCGAGACUACGCCAAUUAUGUUCAAUGAUCCUGGUUUCUGCAACACGAACCUACGCAUGAUCCACGUCACCAUUGACACCUCCCUUCCCGAGAACCAAAACCCCAAGGCCGAGCUGGAAGAGGGAGAAUUCAUCGAGGUCUUCACCGUGCCGCUGACCAACUUCUGGGCAGAGUGCGUCCGUCUCGAGAAGGAGGGCUACGCCAUCGACGCCCGCGUGGGAACGAUUGCCGAAGGCAUCGAACUAGCAAAGAAAUUCAAGCUAUAA